AUGGCUAGAAUAAAACGGAAAACAAUUCUGGAUUAUAAACCAGGCCACCGCCCUUGUAGUCAUUAUCCUAAGAACUUGAAGGGAAAUUUAACAUCUAACAUCAAGAUCAACGUAACUCAAACUCUUCCGUGGGACGUUAUAGAGUCUUCCAUUUCCAGGGUUUACGAGGGAAAAUUUUCUCCUAGAAGUUGUAAAUCACGUUACAAUGUUGCAAUCAUAAUUCCGUUGCGGAAUCGUGAAUCUCAAUUAAAAGUAUUAUUAUCUCAUAUGCAUCCUAUAUGGCAACGACAAAAUCUUGAUUACACUGUUUAUACCAUUACACAAGCAGGGGAGGGAUUAUUUAAUAGAGCAAAACUUAUCAACGUGGGAGUAUCUGAAGCUACGAAAGAGCAAUCCUACGACUGUUUUGUGUUUCAUGAUGUUGACUUGUUGUUGGAAGAUGACCGGUGUUUGUAUUGGUGUGACGAAGAAAAUCCUCGUCAUAUAUCGAUGUAUAUGGACAAAUUUGCUUAUGAACCACUCUCUUAUUCGACAACAUGUCGUCCAGCAUCAUUUUUUUUAGAAAAUAUUAUAUAUUACGGCGGCGUGUCAAGUAUGACACCAAAGCAGUUCAACAAUGUCAAUGGUUUCUCAAAUUUUUAUUGGGGAUGGGGAGGGGAAGAUGAUGAUAUGUAUUUCAGAUUGAAAACUGCAGGAUACGACGUUUCCAAUCCAUACGGUCAACAUUGUUCAUUUCGUAUGAUAGCGCAUGAACACGAAUCUUCGAACGCUGAGAAUGAGGCGAGAUAUACUUUGUUAUAUCAUGCCGCUUCCAGAAUGAGAAAAGAAGGCUUAAACAAUUUGAGAUACAAAUUAUUGUCUGUGAAGAGAUUUCCACUGUACGUUAACAUCACAGUUGAUAUAGGAAGACCAUCCAUGAAAAUGUUAAAAUUUAUGUCGAGAAAAAUGUCCUGGACGGAAAUAUGCAUUGCACGAGUUCCAUGGCGAAUGUAA